GUAGAAUCGUUCUAUCACAAGCGAAUAAGUGAAUCUAGUAUAAUUACUAAAAAUGAAAGUGUUUGCGGCGGUAUUUAUCUGCAUUUUGAUUGCCAACGAUGCAAAGGCCCAAUAUACAGGCUGUGUGAACCCGAACCAGCGGGCCGGUGUUUGUGUGCACAUCAACGAGUGCCAGACCCUCUACUCGGUUUUGCAGCAGGCCAGCCUCUCGACCCUGGAAAAGCAGUUCCUCAAGACAUCGGCUUGUGGGAUGGGCACUGACAACCGGCCUUUCGUCUGUUGCACCCAAGACACCGGCUACACGAGAAAUAGGCGCAUCACAUCUUCCUUUGCGGACUAUGACGGAUUUGGUGGGGACUGGAGAGAGGAGAGGCCUAACAACUUCGCAUUUCCGAAUGAAAAACGUAGGUCCUGGAACUUUGGAGGUAACGGCCAAAGAUUUGACACUACUCCGCCUGAGACACAACCGAGGGGACAGUCGAACACAAACGAUGGCUCAAGCCUCUUGCCCCAGCCCCCCACCUGCGGCGGUGUUGCUAUCAGGAACAGAAUCUACGACGGCGAGGACACCGACCUCAACGAGUUCCCCUGGAUGGUGCUCAUGGAGUAUCGCAGACGUAGCGGCAACGGCCUCUCCACCAGCUGCGCGGGAUCGCUGAUCAAUCAACGAUACGUCUUGACAGCAGCCCAUUGCCUGACGGGACGCAUCGAAAGGGAGAUUGGACCACUCGCCUCGGUUCGUUUGGGCGAGCAUGACACGCGCAGUGUGAUUGACUGUCCCAGCGGUGGAGGAGGUUGUUCUCCUGAGGCCCAGCGCAUCGGCUUCGAGGAAAUCCGGUUGCACGAGCUUUACAGCGAGAAGUCGCCCAACCAGAUUCAUGACAUAGGCCUGGUCCGUCUGGAGCGGAAUGUGCGCUAUUCGGACAGCAUUCGACCCAUUUGCCUGCCAUUUGCUGUAGGCGUUGGUCCAGAGUCUCGACAGGGGGGCCAGGAGUUCACGGUUGCCGGUUGGGGUCGCACCCUUAAGAUGGCCAGAAGUCCGGUAAAGCAGAAGGUGGUCGUGAACUACGUGGAGCCGACGCGGUGCCGGCAGAGGUUCGCCCAGAUCAAGAUCAAUGUGGAGCCGACCCAGAUGUGUGCGGGCGGACGGUUCGGCCAAGACAGCUGCGACGGUGACUCUGGUGGCCCCCUGAUGCGGUUUCGCGGAAAUGCCUGGGUUCUCGAGGGCAUCGUCUCUUUCGGUUACAAGUGCGGCCUCAAGGACUGGCCGGGAGUCUAUACGAGUGUCACUGCUUAUGACAUUUGGAUAAGACAGAAUGUGAGGGCUUAGAGCCCCCACUGGAUGGGGUAUCCGCCAGAAUAAUUUCAAAGCUUAAGAUGUGAUCUUUUUUACUCAUAGAUUAAUGUAGAAACUAACUUAGAUUAUCCCAAUAUGUUGAAAUUAUUAUCAAUUAAAUGAAAUCCCAC